AUGAAUGGGGAUGUUAUCCACGACGCCGACGACGCCGUCGCCUUGGAGAACGGUGAGAUGACGGAGUUUCGUGAUAGCGACGAGGAGAGCAAUAGCGGUAAGCGACGAUGUCCGUCAUGGCUAAACGCGGAGAACAUCCUCCUCUUCCUCUUGAUCUUCUCCGUUAUCAUGGGCUUCGUGCUCGGGUACGUGCUCGGGCUCUUCUUUGACUUCACCCAGGAUCAGAUCAACUACCUAACCUUUCCUGGAACACUCUUCAUGAACAUGCUGAAGAUGAUGAUCGUUCCCCUCAUCGUGUCCAGUCUCAUCAACAGUCUGGCGUCGCUCGACUCGGCGAUGUCGGGUAAGCUGGGGCUCAGGGCGGUGUGUUACUACAUGUUGACUACCUUCAUCGCAGUCAUCCUCGGAAUCGUUCUCGUGGUCUCCAUUCAGCCUGGUAAUCGAGGCGGAGCAGAGAAAGACCCCGAUGGCGAAGAGGAAGAGGUUAAUACAGCCUACGCCUUCAUGGAUCUUAUCUU